GAAGAAAUGAAAUCAGAGGCAGACGACGAUGAUUCCAGUGCCCAUCAACAAACAUCAUCACCUCAUCAACAAACGUCAUCACCUCAUCAAACUGACAGCAACAGACAAGAUGUUGUUCCUGCUAUGUCUCGGUCUUCGUCAAAGGCGGAAGAAGCGGCUACCGUGAAGCUUCACGCCGUUGCAGUCGAGCUGCUGCCUCAAGAGUCAUUCAUUAGGAGAAAGAGGCGUGCUGGUGGGACUCAGACCGAUGGCGGCGAUGCGACUGCGGAUAUUGUUGAUGAUUCUGUGUUGGAGUAUUCUGAUGAAUUCUGUGAAAAGUUAGCACAAAAAAGUAAACAAGAACUGUCAUACCGGAAUGCAGUGAUGGAAGUAAUCAUUGACGGCCUAUUGGAGAAAUGUGAUAACGACUACAGCAAAGUGUUGCUCUACGUCAUCUCCAACUACACACCCGAGCCCAAGGUUCGAACGUAUGCAGAACGAUUGCUGUCUGUUCACCAAGCAAGUGCUGUGAUACCUGGCGACAGAAGGAAGACAUGUCUACAUUACGCUGUUGAAAAGAAGUAUUUCACUGUCGUUCAAUUGCUGAUUGAGCACGAUGUUUACAUAAUGGCCGAGGAUCUGGAUCACGUGAUGCCUAUUGACAUUGCUCUCAGAAAGAAGACUGAUGCAAUCGCAUCGUUUCUUAUUGCACGAAUGCCAAAUAACAAAGUGAGAGCAUUAUUUGAAGGCGGCACAGAUAAGGCAAAGUUUACCUUUCAAGAAUUGAUCACGUGCACAGAAAUGCAGCGUACUUAGCAACGUGUAAACAUUGGAAGUUUGAGCCCGUGAAAGUUCUUUCUCGUUUUCAUCUGAACGCAAAGUUGACAUAUCUGGUACGUGAUCGAGCUAUUCCUGAU